AUUAACCCAUUCCCUCCUCAUCCCCACAGAGAGUUUCCAAGCAGGAAAACAGCUCCCUGAGACACUCCAGCUCCGACUGAUCCAUCUUUUUGGAGCCAUCCUCUCUGGCUCCAAGCCCAACGCGCUCCGGGCGGUCACCCCGGGGGCCGUGGAGGUGCUGCUGGGGGUGCUCCAGCGGGGUGGGAAUGCCCCUGGAAUGCUGGAGGCCACGCUGCGCUCCCUGGUGUCCGUGGUCCACGUCCUGCACGGCUCCAGCCCCGGCUCCGGCCCCGUGUCCCUGCGGCUCCUCCUGGACGGAUAUUUCAGGGUCCUCAACUCCCACCUCCCCGCGACACCGGAGGCGACCGGGGGCCUCCUGGACCUGCGGGUGCUCAUGCUGGACGCCAUCCCGGCCAUGCUGAGCUGCGAGGACCGGCCGGUGCUCCAGGCCACCUUCCUGAGCAACAACUGCUUCGAGCACAUCAUCCGCCUGCUCCAGAACAGCACGGUACGGGAUGACUCUGGGAUGGCCUCCGGCCUCGGCUCCAGCCUCGCCCUUCCUGGCUCUGAGUCAUCCUGGGACAGG